AUGGGAAGAAAGAGUAAUGGUCGGAAAAAAAUUGACAUGGUGAAGAUACAAAAUGAGAGAAACUUACAAGCGAGUUUCUCUAGACGACACGCUGGUCUCUUCAAGAAGGCUAGUGAACUUUGUACACUAAGUGGUGCUGAAGUUGCUUUAGUGGGUUUUUCCCUCGGCAACAAAGUUUACUCGUUUGGCCACCCCUAUAUGGAUUUGGUCAUGGUUCGAUGUCGCACUUGCGACAGUGGGUUCGCAAUCAAUUGCGGACUAGGGCUCGCAUUUGCGAACCCUGAUAGCCUCAUAAAACCUCGCAUUUGCAAGAAAAGGCUUCACAAAUCGAAGUUGGGAGUUUGGCAAAUGCGAAUAAAUGUUCGCAAUUCUGAACCAAGGCAAAUCUGGAAGACUUCGCAAAUGCGAAGGGAUGACACAAUUGCGGCAACUGAGCCCCACUAUCACCUUCUCAAUUUCAAUGAAAAUGCAUUAACUGGUACUACAACCCAAAUGGAUAAUGCUACAGAGGCUAAUAUGAACUUAUUGGUACAAGUUGGUGAAAACUUGUCGAAGAAACCAGUUUCCAAAGAGAAUCCUGAAACCAAUGAGGAAGCUCUAAAGAAGUAA